AUAUUCCUCACAGUUGAAGAGCUCAUCAUUUCCCAAAACACACAAGACCACAGCCGGUGGCCAACGCAACAUGGCUCCAUCUCUUCUCGUAACAGCAGCAGGGAUUCUUUUACUUUCCUCCUGCAUAUCUGGACAAACCAGAGGGGACAACCAUGCUGACUGCUACCCAAAUGACGGCUUUGGAACGUACUGCCCAACUACCUGUGGAGUGACAGAUUACAUGAUGAAGUACGUACCAGGUGUUGCACAGGAUUUGGAGUAUAUGCACAACGCACUGGAAAAUAUUGCCAACCAAACCAAAGACACAGAAGUAACUGUGGACUAUAUGAAGGACUCUACAACUUCGGCCCUAAAGUCGUCCCUGACAGAACAAACCUACAAAAAGUCAGCAACUAUGCUGGAAGACAUCCUUCGAUUUGAAAAGACAAUAAUUGCACAAGAGCAGCAGAUGUUCGAGCUCCAGAAUCUAAUUUCACAAAACGAGAGGGAAAUGGCAGACUUGAAACAACUCUCUCUUCAGCUGCAGCAGACAUGCAGUGAACCCUGCAAAGACACCGUUGAGAUCCAGCCGACCACAGGAGCAGACUGCCAGGAUAUUGCUAACAAAGGUGCCAGAACAAGUGGUCUUUUCUAUGUGAAACCAAACCCGACCGUUGAACCAUUCCUCGUCUACUGUGAGAUUGAUAGUUUUGGACGUGGCUUCACUGUUAUACAGAGGAGACGUGAUGGAAGUGUGGAUUUCAAAAAGGACUGGAUCCAAUACAAGGAGGGCUUUGGUUAUCUCUCGCCAGACGACACCACAGAGUUCUGGCUCGGCAAUGAAAAAAUCCACCUGCUGACCACCAGUUCCACUGUUCCAACAGUUCUGAGGAUAGAUCUUGUUGACUGGGAUGGUAACAAAAAGUAUGCUGACUACGCCAUGUUCAGAUUGUCACCGGAGUCCGACAUGUACCGCCUUACCUAUGCCUACUACAGUGGUGGCGAUGCAGGAGAUGCUUUUGAAGGCUUCGACUUUGGAGAUGACCCCAGUGACAAAUUCUUCACAUCUCACAAUGGCAUGCAGUUCAGUACAUUCGACAAAGACAAUGACAAGUAUGACGGUAACUGUGCUCUGCAGGACGGCUCUGGCUGGUGGAUGAACAGAUGUCAUGCUGCCCAUUUGAACGGCAAAUACUACCAAGGUGGCACGUACACAAAAAAGGACGCAGGUGACUAUGGCUAUGACAACGGCAUUAUUUGGGUCACGUGGCACAACCGCUGGUAUUCCUUGAAGGAAACAACCAUGAAGCUUAUUCCAGUCACCCGCAUCACGACAGGCACUGGUCAGCAGGCUGGUGUGAAAGAUUUGAAAGGGCUAGACAGAUAAGGUAGACGGACAUGCUUGUGAUCUGCGAGCACUGAAACUUCCUCCAAGGAAAAAAAUUGAAAUUUUGUGUCUGACAUGUUUCUGCAUUGUGAUCAUCUUACCCUCAAGAAGAUAAUGCUUGAGUGUUAUUUUGACCACAAAAUAAAUGUCUUUACCAAG